AUGAAGUUCUCCGCCCUUUCCACCGCGACCGUCCUCGUCUCCCUCCUCGGCAAGCUCCCGGUGGCCGACGCCUCCUGCUUCCACGGCGCCCGCAGGGUCCCCCAAAACAUGGCCGACACGCUCGCGACUCUUCUGUUGGCUGCGGGGAACGCCGAGGCCCAGGGUACCUAUCCGAAAACGGGCACCUACUGGCUCUCCUCAACGAUCGACAACUUCAAGGGCAGCCGGACUUGCCUCAACUUCGGCAUCGAGAACAUCAGCGGCCACCUCAAGGAGAUCUCGACGGCCACGGCCGUCGAGGGCCUGCUGCGUGAGUGGGUCACCUGCGGCAACGGCGGCAAGACGGACUACAGGGACGGCAGCCUCAACGGUUGGCGGUUCAUGUGA